AAUACAGGAAGGAGACGCAAGCAGAAGUUGUAGCCCCCCCAGAAACAUGACACCUCAGGCAGGCAUGGCCUCCGCUGCCGCAUCAUCCAGCGAGCCCUGCUCGAGCAAAAGUUGGAGCCCCGCCAGAAACUUGACAGCUCAGGCAGGCAUGGCCUGCGCUGUCGCAUCACCCAGCGAGCCCUGCUCGCUGGAGAAGCACCUCUCCUGCUCCAUCUGCAUGGAGACGUUCACCGACCCGGUCACCACGGCCUGCGGUCACUCGUUCUGCAGGAGUUGCCUGGGCAGGCAUUUUCACUACGUGACCGACGUUUGUCCCCUUUGCAAAAAGUAUGUGAACACGCAACCUGAAGUGAAUAUUGUGCUGCGAGACAUUGCUGAACAGAUGAAGAAUACUCUGCGUCACAAGUACUCGGGGGCUCCCGGGGAAGUGGCCUGUGACGUCUGCACCGAGCCCAAGAUGAAGGCUGAGAAGUCCUGCCUCAUGUGCGUUGCCUCGUAUUGCCCAAGCCAUGUCAAGAAUCACUACUCGUCUAAAAGGCUGAAGGGCCACCGGCUGGUGGAACCUGUGGAGAACCUGGACGCGAGAGCCUGUCUGACACAUGGACGGGCCUUCGAGCUGUACAGCAGGAAGCAGCAGAUGUGCAUUUGUGUGCAGUGUAUGGAGGAGGGACAGCAGGAAGUUGUCCCGACCGAAGACGAAUGGGACAAGAAAAAGGCUCAACUUGAAAACUCCAAGAGAGAGCUGAAACAGGAGAUUAAGAAGAGGGAAACCAAGGUGGAGGAGAUCAGUGAAGCCCUAAAAAGUUGCAAGAAAGAAUUGGAAAACGAGUGGUGGGACAUCGACGCCGUGUUCACGGCGGUGAAUGCCAUUUUGGAGUUGGCCCAGGCAGCGCUACAUCAGCCGCUAGAGGAGAGGAGGCAACUACUAGAAAAAGAGGCCAAAGACCUCAAAGACGAGCUGGAGGCUGAAAUUGAUAAACUGCAGAGGACGAUCUCUGAGCUGGAGGACAUAUCGGCGCUUGAGGACCACAUCCUUUUCCUGCAGAAGUACCCAUCUCUUGUGGUCCAGACUGACUUCAAGGACUGGACAAAGGUGGAGCUAGACACGUCACUGUCCUUUGGCACCAUGAGAAGCAACACAUUAAGAAUGAUGGAGAAAGUUCAAGAAGAGCUUGAGACGCUGACCUCCACUGAACUUAAGAGACUCUCACAGUUCACUGUGGAUGUAAAGCUGGAUCCAUCCACCGCCCACCAACGCCUUGUUGUUUCCGAGGAUGGGAAGGAGGUCAAAGACGGAGGAGAGGACCAGGAAGUGGCCGAUGCUCCGGACAGGUUUGAUCUGUUCGGCAGCGUACUGGGGCUCAACUGCUUCACAUCUGGACGGUCGUACUGGGAGGUGGAGGUCAACGAGAAGACCGGCUGGGAUCUGGGCGUAGCUACAGGUGCUGCCAACCGCAAAGGGAAACUCACUCUCACCCCAGAUAAAGGCUACUGGGUUUUGGUGCAUUACGAAGAGGAGAACUACGCAGCCAUGACGGCGCCACCCGUCCGUCUGUCCCUGAAAGAGAAACCUGGGAAGGUCGGGGUGUUUGUGGACUACGACGAAGGUCUCGUCUCCUUCUACGAUGUGCCGGCUCGGUCUCACAUCUACUCGUUCACAAAGUGCUUAUUUAGAGAUGAGCUUUAUCCAUAUUUCAGUCCGCACAUAAAACAGGACGAGAAAAACUCGGAUCCCCUGGUUAUAUUUACCGAGAAAAGCAGUGAAAUGGAGCUGGAUGAAGAGUGGAGGCGCUUGAGCUCCAUUUCUAUCUGAUCAGACUGCUGAACCUGGUUGAUGACGGGGAGGAAGUUCAGUCUAAGAAACAAAUUCAGCUACAUGGUUUUCAGUUAGGAUGAUUGAAAAGACCUAUCUUUAAUUAAAACAACUUUUAAUUAUACCUUCCUUCAACUUUCAGUUCUUAGUUUUGGGAUC